CCUGCGCAGAUGUACAGAGCGUUGUGUGGAAUGGGAGAAGUAGGAGUAUCAAGUUAAGAAUUUGUUUUGGAAUGCUCUUUUUAUACGGAUAAAAUGAGACUCCUCCGUGGCUGCAAAGGCCUCCGGCGGUCCCAUCUCGUGGUUCCCAUCCUGGUGCUCCUCCUGGUCGGCGCUGCCCUGACGGCCCUGCUGCCAUCCGUCGACGACCGGGCCAAUGGCGGCAUCGUGGGCGCCCUUCGCCGCAGAGCCGACGCCGUGGCCGGGCUCAAGGCGGAAAGGAAAGCCGCCGCCGGCUUUACCGUGGUCAUGCAGACGUACAACCGCACCGACGUCCUGCUGAGGGUGCUCAACCACUACCAGGCGGUGCCGCACCUCCGGCGGAUCGUCGUCGUGUGGAACAACGUCGGGGAGCCGCCGCCGCGGGACAUCUGGGACGCCCUGGGGCCCCAUCCUGUCCCGGUGGUGUUCAAGGAGCAGCGGGUCAACCGCGUGCGCAACCGCCUGCAGCCGUUCGCAGACAUCGACACCGACGCUGUGCUGAUGCUGGACGACGACACCCUGGUCAGUGUUCCGGACAUCAGCUUUGCCUACUCAGUGUGGAAGCAAUUUCCAGAGCAGAUUGUUGGAUUUGUUCCUCGUAAACACGUUGCUACGGCAUCUGGUAUAUACAGUUACGGCAGCUUUGAACUCCAGGAUCCGGAGAUGGGAGGCGGUGACAGGUACUCCUUGGUCCUGAUUGGUGCGGCCUUCUUCCACCGCCGCUACCUGCAGCUCUUCCAGGAGCAGCCUUCGGAGGUGCAUGCCCUGGUGGACAACACGCAGAACUGCGAUGACAUCGCCAUGAACUUCGUCGUGGCGGCGGCGCUGGGCGAAAGGUCGGGGGGCGCGGGAGGCAGACCCUCCGGCGUGUUCGUGCGGCCCGUGGACCUGCGUAACCUGGAGAGGGAGGCCAGCAGCGGCUACCUGGGCAUGUGGCAUCGGCCCGAACACCUGCUCCAGCGCUCCUACUGCCUGAACCGGCUGGCCCAGAUCUACGGCACCAUGCCACUCCAGUACUCCAACAUCAUGCUGUGCCAGUUUGGCUUCCCGAGCUACGCCAACCACAAGAGCCAUGGCUGAGCGGGGCAGAGGGCGUGGGCUGGCGUUUUCGGAUUGGCCAACACAGGUUCAUGUAGAGGUAUUGGGAUGCCCCAGCACGGCGAGGGGAUGGGGGUCAAAUCCUCUGAUAUAUAUUUUCUAGGAAACAAGGCGCGAACAACACAGCGAAUCUCGAUUCGGACCCUUGCCCCUGCUUACUUGCCUCGGAGGGACCUCCGCUGUCACGUGUUGUUGUCGUGGAAACUCAAAGGGAUCCCAGCGACUUCAGGACACACUUUGACUUGAACGGUGCAGUUAAUGUUUCACAUUUUGAAUAAUAAAGCGUGGGUGAAAUGCA